GCGCGGCUCCCGCGGCGGACCCCCCAUGUUCGACUGGGUGGUGCAGCGCGGGGGAGAGUACGCCGCGCAGGGCUUGGUGAACUACAUCGCGCGGUGCCCAGCGGCGCCGCCGUGCCCUGCCUGCCCGGCGCUCACCCUGCCAGGCUUGUGGCGUCUGCCAGGCGCCCGCCUGCCCGGGCCUCUCGUGCCCGGCCUGCCCGACCUGCCCGGGCCUCGCGCCGGCGGCUGGUGCGGCGGCGUGCCCGGCCUGCCCGGAGGCCCCGGAGGCAGCCCCGUGCGCCGGGCACGGCUGGGGGCUGCUCUGGUUUGUGUGCGGCGUGGCCUGCGGCCUCGCGUCGUCCGCUGCGCUGCUGGGCGCUUGGCGCGCGGCUCGGUGCCGCGGCAGGUCUGGCACCAGAGGCUGGUGCUGGGGCAGGUGGCGUUGUCGGGUGGUAGCCUCUUCGUGAUCGCCACGCCCGACCGCCACGUGUACGCGGAGGACUACAGUGCAGGGUCAGCCGACGUGGCAGCCGUGAGGUGGGCCGCGGCCUUCAACGUGCUGCCGGACGGCAUCCCUCCUGGGGACGUAUACCCUUUCCGGGCGGAGCCGACGGCGGCACAGCAGGCCGCCUUCCUCGCCGCGGCGGUGCCCGAGGCCGCGGGCGAGUGCGCCGGGCUGGCCGCGGCCCAGGGCGUGUCAGCCCCGGCGGUGGAAGCCCACUGCCUGCUGCCAGUCCCGGUGGGCGGUCCCGCGGCCGGGGCAGGGGCUGCCCCGGUGGUGGCCGCAGCGGGCGCGCCCGCCGCUCUCGGAGCCGCGGCGCCCGCGCGGGUGCCGCCGCUCGUCGGGCCCUUGCAGGGGGUCGUGGCUGUUGGUGCGGCCGACGGACGUGGGGCUGCUCGCUGGGUCGCCGCCGAGUGCUUCGGCGGCUACCGCGUGGGUGACGACGUGCCCCACCAGGCCGGAGCGGGCAUUGUCGGGGACAAGGACAUCCACCGGCUUGCGGACGGCUCGGGCCUCUUCGUGCAGUACCUGAGGCCGAGCGACGAGCAGGAGUUCUUCGACCGCAUCGUGGCCAGCGACGCCCGCAUCCUCCCAGUGCGGCGCAACAGGCUCGGGCGGCGGGAGCGGACGUGGGCGGACAUGUGUGCCGCGGUGACGAAGGAGGAUUUCGGCAAGGACUGGACGCUCGGUGGCGUGCGGACUGCGAGCUGGUGCCUGGAGCACAUCAACUCGGAGGGGGGCAGCUUGGAUGCGCACCACGAUCGGUUUCGGUCGCUGUGCCGCCUGGAGCCCAACGCAUGGGGAGUGGCCGAGCACCUCCACCUCACGGCAGCCGUCAAGGCCGGCCUACUCGUCGACCAGCUCGAUGGCACGAACCUCGUCAUGGUCGAGAUGCUGCUGAGGAGGAUGCAAACGAUUGAGUUCGCCCACCUCGAGCGGGCGAAGGAGGCCGAGGCAAAAGGAUACAGUGGCCGUCUCAGCCUCGAGGAGCAGCAGGCUUUCUCGGGGCUCAGCCGGGGCUCGGGGCAGCUGAUGAUUUGUCCGGAGCUCCUCGACGUGGUUCGGAUCGACGUGGAGCGGGAGGCGCAGCUCAACAAGGCCCUGCGGAAGGGGCGCGAGGAGCGAGAUGCCGCCCGCAAGAAGGGCGGGGGCGACAAGUCGUGA